AUGUUGCGAUCUCUAGUUGUUGCUGCCCUUUUGGGCGCUAGCUCUGUCGCUGCUGUCAAGUGCACGCGCAGCAGCCACUGUCCCGAGGAUUCGCCAUGCUGCUCCACCUACGGUGAAUGCGGUGUUGGUGCGUACUGUCUUGGUGGUUGCGAUCCUACAAUGUCCUUCUCUCUCGACUCUUGUGUUCCCGCCCCCGUCUGCGAGGAUCGCAAGAUGAAGAUGAACUCCCUCGAUUCAAUUGUCGAUAUCGGCAAGUAUCUUGGUGACUCUUCAAAGGCCGACUGGGUUGCACAGGGCGAGCCUGUUGUUUUCCAGAACAACGUUCUUCUUACCAUGCCCAAGGACAGUGUUGGCACUCUGCUGUCUUCUACUGUCUACAUGUGGUAUGGUAACGUCAAGGCUCGCUUCAAGACCAGUCGUGGUGCUGGUGUUAUUACUGCUUUCAUUCUCUUCUCUGACGUCAAGGAUGAAAUCGAUUAUGAAUUUGUUGGUACGGAGCUCGGCGAUGCUCAGACCAAUUAUUACUUCCAGGGCAUCACCAACUACGAGAAUUCCGAAAACAUUACGCUGUCUGAUACCUUUGCCAACUUUCACGAUUACGAAAUCCGAUGGACCCCUGACAAGAUUGAGUGGUGGGUUGAUGGCAAGCUCGGCCGAACCCUGCAGAAGAGUGAUACCUGGAAUGCCACCUCUAAGAACUUUGACUUCCCUCAAACACCCUCUCGCGUGCAGCUAUCUCUGUGGCCUGGUGGUAAGGAGGGUAACGCUGAAGGCACUGUAGCAUGGGCUGGAGGUCCUAUCGACUGGGACGCUCCCGAUAUUCAGAAGAGCGGUUACUACUUUGCCACCUUCUCCGAUGUUGAGAUCCAAUGCUUCAACGCCAAGUCUGGUCCUGGCUCCAACUCGGGUACUAGCUACUGGUACAAGGAUGCUGCUGGCACCAACGACACCAUUGUCGACGGUGACAAGAGACACACUAUUGCGUCUUUGAUGGCCACCGGCGAGGACAUGGACAAGGGAAAGAAGGAGGACAAGAAGAAGGAUAGCAAGGAUGAUGACAAGGACGAUAAGGAUAGCAAGGACAGCAAGGACAGCAAGGAUAAGGACGAUGAUGAUGAACCCGCCACUAUUCCUGGCGGCAGCAGCGGCGCGCCUUCCAACGACCACGGAGACGAUAGCAGCGAUGACAGCAGCUCUGGUUCCGGUUCCGGUUCUAGCAGUGCCCCCAAGGGUAACCCUGACGGCAGCACAGAUGACACUGAGCCCGCUGACACCACCAACUGUGAGACCAACAGCUUCAACCAAGACUGCGCCAGCUCUAGCUCUAGCUCUAGCUCUAGCAAGAGCAGCAGCAGCUCAGAUGAUGGAAAGGGUUCCAACGCGGGCACACGGAACGGCGCAAGUGCUCUGGCCAUCAUCAUUGCCGGUGGUGCUCUGUUCUGGCUGUAG